GUAUCAUGUCCAUGUGUCAUCGUCGUGAGAGGAUUGAACUUGCCAGCAGUCUAUAUUUGCCGAGGAGGGAAACCAAUACAAGGUCUCGCUGUCUCGCUGGAGCGGAGUAUUAUUAGCAGUUCAGACAGUCCAACUGUCUAUCUCUGGUCAUGCCCUGCAAUUACACAAUAACGACAGCAUCAUAAUUUGCAAUUCAAGUAUAAAACACGGAAGAGAGUGUGAGACGAAAAAAAAAAAAAAAUUGUGUGCUCAGCAAAGGAUAAACAUUCACCUGGCUCCCAUGCUGGCUGCCAAAAAUCCUCCCCUCCACACCCUCAGCCAUGCCCGCUACUACCAAAUCCGCCAGGAGACAGACACCUGCUCAGAGGAAAAAUGUCCAGAAAGUGAUCAGCACCAAGAGGCAAACCUGCAACUCAAAUAAACCCAGAGGAAGAGCCACAGAGAGGCCCCAGAAAACACCUGCAGGCAAAAGGUCAACAGCCAAGGCCCAGGCACAGUCAGGCCGAAGCCCCCAUGGAAGAGGGGUUAGCGGGCCUACUGGUCAGGGUCCUGGGAGGUCCCUUGGCACAGUUAAUCAUGCCCUGAAUGUAACAGGAUCUGCAAGGCUUAGGCAGACGAGCAAUCUGCCUGACCACUGUGGUGAAUUACAAGACCCCCUAGGGCGAAGGAAGUCCCUGCGGGGCACAGGGGUUACUGUUACUCCCUGCCAGCUUCCUAAACCUAGCAGAGGAGGGAGGAACAGCAGGGGGAGAGCAGGGAGAGGAGCAGCAUCACAGAAAAUAAACACAAGAAAACAGCCGUCACCAAGCACCAGCAUCAACGAUUCAACUCCUGAUGAGGAGGAUGAGAAACUGGACACCUGUGAUGCCGAAGAAAUCCCUCCAGUUUCUCUAAAAACUGAUUUUGAAGUUCCUGUGAGCAUCAAAGAUCAGGGUCUAGGAGUCACCAACGCUAAACAGGGCAGCCCGCUUAAAGCAGAUUCACCGCCGUGUAACGACACACUGGAAGACUGUGUGCAGGGCAGCUGUGACAGUACUAUAACCCAACAAGACAAAAAGACUGUCAGCCAUAACAGCGCAGACGACCCGGGGUGUGUGAUUGGGGCCUCUGUGUGUGAUGAUGUUGAUGAACAGUUAAAAGUCUGCUGUGACAGAAGUGAAGAUAGUCCCUCUGAGCCCUUUGCGCUAACGAGUAUUGGGUCAGCAGGUGUGCAGGGUGGGAGCGAGGGAAAUGACAGUUCAUCUGUCUUUGGAAAUAAGCUUGAUCAACUUACCAGUAAUGGGGAGGAAGAUGAUGUGUGUGCUGUCCAACAAGAGGAAGGUAACAUGUUGGACUCGAAAGAAAACAGGGCCGAUGAAAGAGUGAUAGUUGUCACUGAGGUAAAAGAGGAGAUAAAUCAUGAGAGAGGAGAGAGUUUGGAGGCAGAGAAAGCAGUUGAGAGGCAAAAUGAGACCGUGGAAGAGAUGGAGGAGACUGGUGAGCGGCUGGGUAAUUGUGAGCAAGAAGAGGGAGGAAGAAUUGAAAAGGAGAAUGAUGUGUCCAUCAAUCCUGCUGACUCCCACCCCAGCCCUCCAGCCCCUCAACCUCCAGAUCCACUUCACUCUAACAUUGGACUGACAGCACAGUCAGAAUCACCUGUAAGUGGGUUACCUGUCUCAGCAGCUACAGCUACCUCAAAUCCCACCAAAGCCCCCUCCACCUCAGAGUCACUUGAGCUAGAGGUUCUGAGCCAGGGUAAGACAGACAUGCAACCUACUAUUCAUGGUGCUAAACCUCAAUUCCCAGGGUCCUCAGCUGUUGCUGAAACUGCCCUGAUGUUGCAUACUGUUCUAGUGAAAAGAAAUACACCUGUUAUUAUCCGUAGUGACUCCCUCAAACAUAGGAUCUUGAGGGAUUCAAGCCAGGGGGAACCCCACCAACUGCUAAGCCCAGAGAUUCCCUCUCCUCAGGGAGAUAGACAAGCUUGCACACCAGCGGAGACCCAGACCAAAGAUAGUGAAUCCAAUCAAGAGCCAUUAGAGCGCUGCAGCCAGAAAGAGACAUCUUCGCUGUCAUUGUCGGUAAGUCCUCAGUUGAGCGUAGAUGUUGUUACAGCUGAGAGUGAACCAAACCUCAGUGAGGCCAGUGUUGUGGUCGCAGUGCCAGAGCCGGACUCAGUGCCAAAGAUCUUGACUCCAUCUCUCGACAGUAGCUCCACCUUCUCCUGCAGCUCAGAAAGCACUCGCUCCUCUUUUUCUUUUGAUACUGAAUCCGAGGCAGGAUAUGGAGAGCCCAGCCCCUCUAUUCUACCUGGAUCCUGGGGGCCGGAGGCGGCCUUCUUGACCUCCUGGACCACUCGGAAACAACAGAAGAAAGAGAGGAAGAAGCGUAGCAGGUGUGGGACGUGCGAGCCAUGCCUGAGGAAGAUCAGCUGUGGCCAGUGCAGUUGUUGCCUCAACCGCAGAACAGGCCACCAGAUUUGUAAGCUGAGGAAGUGUGUAGAACUAAGAAGAAGAGCUUCGUCUCCCCUCGCUCUCUCUGCUGCACAGGUGGUUCCAGAAAGUGGGUCGGUAAAUGGCAAAGGCAAGGCACAGAUGGAUGACACCCACACGGCAGCAGAGGAGGAUGAAGGGGAGGAAGGCCACAUACCUCAUACACAAUCCCCCCUCAUCAACAACUUGCUCAGCCACAACCUGGCCUCAGACCAAGCCGGACAGCCAGCACUUGUUAAAAGAGAGCCCGGGCUGGAGCUGACCAGCAUUGCACUUGUAUGCUCUUCUGGGACUUUUCAGAAUGGUUCUGCUGAGAACCUGACAAAACCUAAUGGUGCUAAUAUGACCACUGGGUCACACUCUGAUCUGAAGUCUGCAUAUAAAAGGACUACGAUUGCAUCAGAGCCUCAAAGGACUAUAAUAGCUGCAAUCCCUGAGGACUGCUCUCUGAAUGGGCCCAAGACUCCUCCAGAUGACAUGUUAGUUCCACUAAAGAAGAUCAAACUGGAGGAGCCAUGGAUGUGGAUAACUGAACAAGCCACCACACAGCUGAGUGAUGAAGAUGAGGUCUGCGAAGACCCACUGUCCACGCUGGCGGCCGUGGUAUGUCUUUCUGUCACAGAGAGGAAAGGACUGGAGGAGAAACUUUUCAGCUCACGUUCUUCCAUUCUUUGUUCCAUCAAAACAGAACCACCAGAUUUACUCUUCGUCAAGAAAGAGCCUGAAGACUUGAAGAAUGACUUGUGUCAGAAAAGCACUCCUGUUAGCCUGCAAAGGACUCCCCAGUCUAUCAAAAGUGAAACUCCUCCAAGUGUCUUGCUCCCAAGCGUGCAGUCUUUGGCAGAGAAGAGAAAUCUCAGUUUUGAUCAGGCUAUUGCUAUUGAGGCUUUGACUCAACUGGCAGCUAUACCUCAAAGCACCCCAGGGUCCAUUAAAGCUGAAAGUAUGUGUGAACAUCCCAUUUCCACUGCUACCCCAUUUUCAACCUCGAAUACAAAUACAACCCUGCAAGAAGCCAAACCAGCAAGUAUCCCCUACAACAAAGUCUCGGUCAUCAGCUCACCACUACACCAGACGUCAGUCAUACGCCCUCCUGUGGCCAGACAAGGGAAUGUCAUCCAGUGUUCCCAGGGGUCGAGCUACAACACAAAGGUGUCUCUGCAGGACCUCUUGGAGGCCAGUUCAGAUCGUGAUAAAGCACCCUGCAGGAGGGCAGAGCAGGGCUUUGGUUCUCAUGUCACCAAAUCAGAAUGCAGCUAUAAAAAUCCCAGUGACAUGAAGUUCAGUAAAGAUCACGAGCAGUUGUUUGGGGAGGACACAGAGAGGGUUGUCGGUAAAGUGAGGAGAAACAGAGAUGAGGAGGAGGUGGCAGCUCAGCUGGCAGACCUGGCCUUCAUCAUCCAGUCCAGACACAACCAGCAGUCAGAGAACAACCCUCCAAAAGGAACACCUGUGUCAGCCAUCAUGUACAACUACAACUCCCAGCUACCCCCCAGUCAGAAAAAGCCCAUCAUAAAAAAAACAAAAGCUACACCUUCCAAGCCCAGGAAGAAGAAGAGUGAUGGACCUGAGGGAAUCAACUGCAGGACCCCCCUCUCAAAACGUUUGCCAAAUGGAGAGACGCACCACAGGAGCAGAGGCAAGAAGACUCUCCCACAAGGGAAAUCAGGCCUUCACCACAAGAGAAACCUGUUUCUGCCUCAGGCUCAAAUUGACCUGAAGAGAUACUUGGCUGAAGCUCAGGAGGAAAGGAGGCAACUCAUUCAUCACAGUAAUGCACAGAAUACAGCCCUCUUAGGGCCGCAGAAUUAUAGCACUCUCACAAGGAUCAACCACAUUCGUGGUCAAGAAAACCAGUUAUGGUCUAUUUCAAAUGGUCCACUCCACCAACACAAUCCAUGCAAUGGACAUGCUGCAGGACCAGGGCAGGAGGGUGAAAGGCAUUUGAUAUCUCAGGUAGCACAGCCCUGUGGUGGGCUGCAGCACGGUGCUGAUCCUAACACCAGCCCAGCCAAUACCGCUUUCCUCAGCCACACCACUGGGCACUAUGGUCUAGCUAAUGGCUUUUCAGGAGCUCGGCAGUCCCCUCCUCCAAGCCAGCAGGGCUACUACAAGCUGGAGAGGUCAGGACCUGUCACUGUCCUGUCCACGGCUACUGAUGGGGAUCUGGGCCACUCUGCAGAGUCAACUCCAUCCAAGAACAGCGUCAACAGCUUUCUGCAGUCUCCUAUAAGUUUUCUGGAUACCCCUACCAAGAACUUGCUCAAUACUCCUUCCAAAAAACUGGCUGAUCUUCCAUCCUGUCAAUGCAUGGACCAAAUCAUUGAAAAGGAGGAAGGUCCUUACUAUACUCACCUUGGGGCAGGACCUAAUGUUGCUGCAGUGAGAGAGUUAAUGGAGAACAGGUAUGGUACCAAAGGAAAUGCAGUAAGAGUGGAAGUUGUUGUUUACACUGGGAAGGAAGGAAAGAGCUCCCAAGGGUGUCCAAUAGCUAAAUGGGUGAUUCGGCGUGACAGUGAAGAGGAGAAGCUGCUGUGUUUGGUCCGCCAGAGACCAGGGCACUACUGUGACACUGCCGUAUUGGUGAUCCUUAUUCUGGCAUGGGAGGGAAUCCCUCGGCCUGUGGCGGAUAAUCUCUACCAGGAACUCACGCAGUCCCUCUUUCAAUACGGCUCCCCCACCAGCCGUCGCUGUGCCCUCAAUGAAGAUCGUACGUGUGCAUGCCAAGGCUUGGACCCGGACACCUGUGGAGCUUCAUUUUCCUUUGGCUGCUCCUGGAGUAUGUACUUCAAUGGCUGUAAGUUUGCCCGCAGCAAAGUGCCCCGCAAGUUUCGCCUGCUUGGAGACUACCGGGAGGAGGAGGAGAAGAUAGAGAGCAACCUUCAGAACCUCGCCACUGACCUUGCACCACUCUAUAAAAGACUGGCUCCUGAGGCCUUCCAAAACCAGGUGGAAAAUGAGGAGGCAGGGAAUGACUGCCGGCUGGGCAGGAGGGAGGGACGUCCUUUUUCUGGGGUCACAGCCUGUGUGGAUUUCUGUGCCCAUGCUCACAAGGAUACUCACAACAUGAAUAAUGGCAGCACUGUGGUUUGCACUUUAACCAAGGAAGAUAACCGUGCUGUGCGCAACAUACCAGAGGAUGAACAGCUCCAUGUUCUGCCACUUUACAGGAUCUCUGAAAGGGAUGAGUUUGGUCAGGUGGAGGGCCAGUGGGCCAAGAUUCGAAGUGGUGCUCUUCAAGUUCUGUCCUCCUUUCCCAGAGAGGUGCGUCUACUGGCUGAGCCAGUAAAAUCCGCCCGUAAGAUAAGGCAAGAGGCUCGUCUGAAGGCUCAAGCAGAGAAACAGGAAAAGAAGCUCGGACUGACUCCUCUCACUCCGGGGAAAGUAAAAAGUGAAACCCCCAACAAAGAGCCUCAGGGCUGCUACAGCUCACACAGACUACCACCCAGGCCAGCCAGCGUUGGAAAGUACCUACCGGACAGGAAUCAACCCAGCACUUACAGCCAGAGCACCAGCAGCUACCCCACUCUGGGUGCAGGGGUCACCCCACAGAAGGAGGUCAUCUCCCCCAACCAUCAUGGCCUGCCUGGCCUCCACUUUGGACAGAAUGGCUCAGCUCUUAAUUAUAAGACAAUGAGUGACACCAUGAAUGGUUAUUCUCCAGCAUCUGGUGACCAGAGUGUUAUUUCAGAACGUAUACCUCCACAUAAUGCUCUUAGUGACUACCCCCCUGCUUUUAAAACUGAGCCCAACGAGGUGCACUGCUCUCCUCUGCACAGACCCUCCCCCAGUGGGAGUGCUCCUCCUCCCUCCUCAUUCUCCCCCAGACCUACCUCUGAGGGCCUCUUCAGCAGGCUCAAUGGACUCCACAGGGCUGCAGAAGAUGUCAUGGCAGAGGUCAGGGGUCAUGGCCUCCCUCCACUCUCAUCUCUCCACCUCCCCCCACAGACUCCCCCAUUUGAACCAGAGGAAGUUACGCAGGAAGAGGUGUGGUCAGACAGCGAGCACAACUUCCUGGACCACAAUAUAGGCGGAGUCGCAGUGGCACCGUCACACGGCUCCAUCCUGAUCGAGUGUGCACGGCGGGAGCUCCACGCCACCACCCCUAUCCUCAGGCCGAACCGAAGCCACCCCACCCGCAUCUCCUUGGUCUUCUACCAGCACAAGUCUCUAAAUGAACCAGGCCACGGGAUGGCUAUGUGGGACGCCAAAAUGGCCAAGCGGGAACGGGAACGGGAGGAGGAGGCAGAGAGAUUGAGGAUGGAGGACAGCCUGAACAACUGCAUGGGGAUGAACGGCAAAGGAGCAGGAGGUGUGGAGAGGAGAGGAGAGGAGGGAACAGGGGAGGAGGAAGAGGAGGCAAGGAGGAUCAUGAAUGUUCCCACACGUCAAGCAUGGACUCUCCCGAGGGAUGGUGUCCUCACUGUGUCCCCUUAUGCUCUUACACAAGUGACGGGUCCCUACAAUCGCUGGACAUAGUCAACAUGUUUUACACACACACACACACACACACACACACACACACACACACACACACACACAUACACACACAGAAAACUCCUACACCCUGUGCUUCUGCCUUACCUCAAUCAACUUCAAACUGCUACUCUCAUUUUUACGUCGUUUUCAUUGUGCUUUUCUAAUAUCUGUUUCACUUUGUCUUCUUCAUCUCUGCCUUCAAAGUGAUGAGGAAGACCAAAGUUUGUUGGCUUUUUAACUGUGAGUUUCAGUGUUGUUUUUAUUGUAAAGAGAUGGUGCUUUGAAGCAUUUUAAAGACGUUUUUAAACUGGUUUUAUAUACAUGAUUAAGAACAAAAAAGAUGUGAUUAUUUAUUCUGAUCAUAACAAUUUCUAUUUAAUUCCUGGUGUAAGCCUGUUUACUGCAAGAUUUCUAUAAUAACCUGCAUUUUAUGUUGACGCUCAGAAUUUAUGUUGUACAGUAGGACUAUGCUCUUUAUUUUUAGCCAGUGGUUCUCUUUUUGUGAGAUGAAUCUCACUGGCUUUUACAUUGGUGCCAUUCUCACUGUAACCUACGUUUAGCAAACUCAUUACAUCACAUAAUGUAGAAAACAAGACUAAUAUCGUGCAUAUAUUUACUACAGAUUGUCACAUGUAGCAAUGUGCUUUUCCCUCUGCUGCCUCUGACUUCUGUUGGCAGUUGAUGAAAGAAACGCACUUCUUUGGUUUGUUUGUUUUGGUUUCUCUUUGUCUGGAUGGUUUGUCUUUUAUUCACAGAUAUGUAUGGCAUAUUAAGAAGCACUUUUUUUGUUUUCCUAAACUUAACUUGAAAAGGGUCCCAAUCCAUAGGCCUGAAUAUGUAUGUACAGAUAGAGAUAUAUAUGACAGUUUCGCAUGAACCCGGUUUUAUUUUUACAGUAUUUCUACAUUUAUUUGAUUUGAAAUGGUAUACAUAUCUAAUGAAAUUCAAAACUUAUAAUAAGGAAUCGUGAAAUGCUGCAACAAUGAAGUGCUUAUUAUGAUUGGCACUUACGUUCACCUUCUGGAAAAGGAAUUCAAAAGUCUUUCACAGGGCACAAGUGUGAUUAUAGGAUUUCAGAAACUUACUGUACAUUUAAUGGUGCUAAUGAGACCUCUGUUGUUUUGGUUUUUUUUCACAAUAAUCACAGAGUGUCAGAUCUGAAAACAAAACUUGUUAGCCAAUGCUGACUAAUCAAACUUUUUCUUCUUUUGCCUCCUCUCUGCUUUUGUUGGAAAACCACUCAAACAUCUGAUCCCACUCAGACAAUUGCCUAAGAUGAUUUCGGGUGCUCGACCCUUGUGAAGACUUUGUUUACAGAUAGCUUUUUUUACAGGGUCUGAAUGAGGGGGUUGGUGUCAACUCCUGGUGAAUCAGGAUGUUUAUUUUUUAUUACCCAUGAAAGAGAAGCUCUUCAUUUUAAGAACUCAUCGAUGAUAUUUCAGCACAACCGAUAAAGACCUUUCACUGCUAUUCACACUAACACUGGUGGUAUGACGUUUCCUGUGAGAAACAUUUUGGACUUUUAGACACUUGGACUUCCUUUUGGUGCUAAUAGGACAAGAUGUCAAGGUACAUACAUUGACCUUACUGGUUAUAUACUGAACGGUGAUGGCAUGGUGCUUUUUUCUGAAACUCAGCACACACUGAUCUGGUAUAUGAUUCUGUACAAAGGUAGUUUUAUCAUUUCUCUGGAUGAUUACUGGCUGACAAGAGACUGAGAUGUGUUGGCAUCCCACCACUGAUCAUGAUUUUUUUUUCUAAAUACCAGUAAAAUAAAAGCAAAUUGUUGUGCAGAUGUCCAUCUAGAGUUCAAAUGUCUUCCACAGAGAACCAAACUCUCCGACAAUUCUCACAAAUCACAGCAUACACGCAAAAUGAAAUGAAUGUAAACAGUUUUUAAAUCAGUUGAUUCAGAAAGAAGAUUUUUGAACAUGACAAAGUUUCUUUUGAUUUACUGUGGGGGACAUUCUCGGUCCACAUUGGAAGUCUUUGUAUCAACAAGGAACUAACAACUAGCACCAGCAUUAAAAAAAAUCUGGGAAAAAAAAAAAAAAAAAACUUUUGUUAGUAGAAAAUGUGUAAAUAUGUAUGUGAACCAUAUUGUUUUUACUGUACUGUUAAUGGUGUUUAGACAAUGGAUGAUCUUGCUUAUUUUGAAACUGAAUUACUGUAUGUUGCUGAAAGUAUAUCCAGUUUAGACUUGAGAAGAGACUAAAUUUAGCAUUCCUUUUAUGGAUGGCUGAUCUCUUUCGGGAUUGUGAAAUAAAGUCAUAUUUAUAUUUUGGACCUGA